UGUUAUGUGUUGGUGAGUGCAUGGCCUCGACGUUGAUCCCGUUCCAAGAUUUUUAUUCCGCUACGCCGCAGUCCCUUUACAUAUGUAAUAUUUAAUAUAAUAUUAUUCGUAAUGGUGUUCUGUAAAAGGCCAUGGAUUUAAUGAAAACGAAUUUGUGUGCACGUGGGAGGAAUAUGAGUUCCUAGACUUGUCAGAUGUGAAAGAAGCGGAACUAAGCAGCCUGCAGUGCGCUCUCUUCGAAAAAAAGCCCAGAGUUGCGUCCACCGCACCCAACGGUUGGAACGAUCCUACUACGUUUCAUCUUGUUCAUCGAGUACGGCGGGAGCACCGACGGUGUCGAGCAGCCUGGACAGCCUGUCCGGCGGCGAGUGCGAGAUGGCGCCACACUCGCCACAGCGAGGCGCGGGUGGGCCACCACACGCGCCGCCGCCAUACGUCCAGCCGCCGACAUACCCGCCACACCAAUGGCCCGUCGCCCCGCCAAACGUAUACGUCAGCCAAGUCACAGCCAAUGUGAACGUUCACGGCUACAUGGGCCAGUACUACCAACCUCCGCAGCCACAAUACAUCCCACCUCCACAAGUUGAACGCCCGGCGAGGAAUCAGAGGAGAGAGCGACGAAAUAAAAGAGCCCCAUCUCCUCCACCGCCGCAACCGCCUCCCUACUAUGUGCCGUAUUCUCAAUACUAUCCUGCGGCUCAAGCUCAAGGCGCGCCGCUGUACCAUCUGCCUAUGUAUCAGCCCUUGAUGUAUGGGCCAUAUGCAUAUCCACCUUAUUACCCUGAGUACCCUAUACCAGUUGAAGGCGACGCUGGUGAUAAGGGGCCCGAUGAAUAUCAGCAAGAAGUUGUCAUGGAACAAGAAGCGGUAGAUGCUUAUUAUGCAAGCGCUCAUUACGCCGCUCCGCCAUACGGACCGCCAGUCGAUGGAGGUGUAGAAUACAUGCCGCCUUUGUAUCUGCCUCCACCGCAUCAUCCAGCCCAAAUGCACAUACCGCAACAACAGUUACAUCAACCCGUCCCUCAUCAAUUCAAUGUACAUGCUAAAAAUUUUGUACAAGGGCAAAAUCAAAUUAAAAACUACACACCUGACAAGACUCAGGAACCAAAACCACCUGUUGUUGCACCUUCAUCUACUCCGCCAACAACGGUAUCAUCAACGACAGUCAGUCCAGUUGAAUCGCUGCCAAUCAAAGAUCUCAAGAUAAACAAAGGACCCGGAAGUCCAAACCAGGAAAGGUCUCCUGAAAUUCCAAAAGAUGCCACAUCUAACUCUAAAAUUUCUCCAACUCUUAAAACCGAUCCAUCAAAACCAGCUUGGACAUCUGAUAAUAAGCCUCAAGAACCGAGUGUAGCUCAAAAUACACCGAAAACUUUUACGCCAACGCCAACUACUAAUGUUCCGUCAGCAAGCGCAAAAGUCCCCCCAGUUCCUACUAAAGCUCCAAAGGGACCGACAGCACCAUUCUCAGCUAACAAACAGCUUCCUAAACCACCUCUACCAUCAGCUGUUCCGGUACAGCAAUCGGUUACCACACCAAAAGCGCCGUUUGGUAACAGACAAAAGCGUGAAGGAAAUUCAAAUCGUUCACCAUCCACUGAAAUGCCAGAAAUGGAUAAACCUGCACCGAUAGAGCAUACCAAGCGCGAGCCUCCCCUACCACCUAGCAAGGCGCCGAUGCCUAUAUCUAUUACACUGCACGCUCAAGGACCGCCGGUGAUUGUGACAAACAAAUCUCCUUUUGCACACUCAAGGAAGGUCGUUCCCGUUCCGGAACUACCUCCAGUACCACAGCCUCCACCUCCAGCGCCGACAGCAUCAGAUUUUCCUCCACCCCCCACGCCCAGAAAUAGGGGAGAACCUGUCCCCCCACCAGUGGUACAACCGCAACCGCAACCAGCACCAGGAAAAUCUUGGGCUAGUCUUUUCUCAAACAAACCCAGCAGUAUAACUACGACAAUCGCACAAACAACUGUUGCUCCUACAGAAGAACCGUCAAGCCCAACAACUUUGACGCCGCCGGCUGCUACAAACAUUCAGAAACCCGUAGCAAAAGUCCCUCCAUAUGAUGCUUCACCAUUACAAACGAAUUCAGUAGAAAAACAAAUUGCACCAAGGCCUAUACCGACGCCCGCACCCACUCUGUCGUAUUCAGAAAAGACUUCAGUGAAUGCUGUGAGCAAUGUUACUACUACUAUGCCUCCGGCUAAAACAGCGACAUCCCCUACUACAGAGGUUCGAGAAAUGCCAAUACAAAAGGAAGCUACACCAGCUUUACCACUACCACCUUCACCAUUCAGUGAUGAUCCCAAUUCAUACAGGAUGGGAGAGUUUUUGUCUAAAUACACGCUGGACAAUAGGCCAGUUUCUUUAACACCUCGCGGCCUUACAAAUCAUUCAAACUACUGCUAUGUUAACGCUAUACUUCAGGCUUUGAUAGCUUGUCCGCCAUUCUACAAUAUGUUAAAGGCGCUGCCUUACCAAACUAGGCGUGGGAAGUCUAGUACUCCAGUUAUCGAUUCUAUGGUCGAGCUAUGUUACGCUUUCGGUCCAUUACCGAGCGCAAACCGAAGAGGCCGUGGUGAAUCUGGCGCGUCGGGAGCUCCGGCCGUGCCCGCCAUGUCGCCGCUAGAUGGCUCGGCGGGUCUCCGAGUUUUGAGAGCGUUGCGACCCUUCCCCGGCUCACAAGAAGGUCGCCAGGAAGAUGCCGAGGAAUUCCUUGGAUGCUUACUAAACUCGCUCAAUGAUGAAAUGCUCGAGUUAAUAAAAUUAGUUGAACCUGAAGAGCCAAAAGAUUUGAAUGGAAAGCCAAAUGGCAUUGUAGCACAAGAACAACCCCCAGACGAGGACAAUGAUGAUGACGAGUGGAAGGUGAUGGGUCCUCGUAACCGUGGUGCUGUUGAACGUCGCUGGGCGGCACGUCGGACACCAGUAGCAGAUAUCUUCAGAGGUCGCACUCGCCUACGUCUUCACAGAGCCCCUAAUCAUGACGUCACAGAUGCCGUACAACCAUUCUUCACACUCCAACUUGAUAUUGAGCGUUCUACCACAGUUAAAGAUGCGUUAGAACUUCUCGCCGGCAAGGAUACUUUGGAAGGUGUAUCGGAUGCUUGGCAGCAAUUGUCUCUGGAACAACUCCCUGUAGUGCUAUUGCUGCAUUUGAAAUGUUUCCAACUGGAUUCCGAGGGCCACACAGCCAAAAUUGUGAAGAACAUUGACUUCCCCAUUGAUCUCAAAAUUGACCCCAAAAUAAUUUCAUCGAAGCACACGACUAAGCAACGUCUAUACAAACUGUUUGCUGUUGUGUACCAUGAAGGUGUAGAGGCUGUGAAGGGACACUAUCUGACUGACACCUUCCACGGACAGGUUGGAUGGAUUAGGUACGACGACUCCACUGUGACUCAAGUGACGGAUGCCCAGGUGUUGAAACCCAAGCCGCCAAGGAUGCCGUACCUGCUGAUGUAUCGUAGGCACGAUACGCUUGCACCUAAUCGUCAAUCUGGCAAGGCGGAAUAGUAACGUAUUGAAAGAAACUUAUAAGUUCGGCCUAAAGUUAUCUGUCUUCACGUACUGUUGUGUUCAGUGAUGUGUAUUGUGGAUGUAAGUGAGGUGUCAAACUUAGUUUUGCACAAGUUUUAUAUGUAAGUAAAUUUAUAUUAUUUUUCCUUUACUCACCCAACCCAUUUGGAAUUUUUAAUUUGGCACAAAUUUCACGAGUGCCGCUUUUACUAGUUAUCCUUUUAAGAAAUGAUCAAAAAAAAAAUUAAUAUAUUGUCGUUUGUAUAUAGGAGUAGAUGUAUAUAAAUAUGUUUUUGUAUUAAAAGUAAGUAAAUACAUUUUGUCAUAACGACAUCGAUUUCAAUAUAUAUAUAUAUAUGUAUAAUGAAAUUUUACUUUGCAUCUGUUCAAAAGUUACGCGAAUAUAUUGUAAAGCUUGUAAAUAUUUAGGUUUUUGAAAAAAAAAUAUAUAUAUGUAUAUUUUUUUUUUUUUUUUGGUCGUAAUUGCCGAGACGUAAAUAUAUUUAUAUGUAUAAGCAAUGUAAAUAUUUAAAUAACAUGUAAAUUAAUGUGAUAUUAUUUGAUGUGAAUGUUUCUCCUUGAUAGUUUUAAGAUCUUGACAAUAUGGAAUUGUGGUAUAAAUUUUUAAAAAGUAUAAAAAAAAAUGCGUAUUAUUAAAAGAAAAAAAAAAUAGAUGCAUCAUAAAUCUUUAUUAAGGAAUCCUUGAACGCUGAACGAGACAUUCGGAGAAUUAAAGUACAAAGAUUGUCUAUUGUUGUGAUAACCGAUGGCAUGUUUUGUUUUUUUUUUAAAUUCACAAACUGUCUGAAAUUGUGUAAUUCUUUUACUUUGUGAUUUCGUACUGUAAAUUUUGAUGUAAAUAUGAUAUUAUGCGGAGGAACAAUUUGUUUUGUAACUGAAAAAAAAAUUAUAACGUCCUAAAUAUCAAUAGGUUUAGGGAAUGGUUAUCGAUUAGGAAAGGUGCUGCUUCAAUGGACUGAGUAUAGAGGAAUGUGCCCUUGUUAUGUGAUAAUGUCUGCGCGUAUGACUGUUUACUUAUAUUCUGUUAAGUGUUAUAUAUAAAUAGAUAUAUAGUAACAAUCUGUUGGCUUCGGUGUACUGUUUUUAAUAUUAUUCGAAAGUAAAAUUAAAUCAAAUAUCUAGAUCUUAUUUGUUGAGAAUGAAAUGAUAUGCUCAGGGGUUAUUUUUUUUUUGUUUGUUUUUUGGGUGUAAAAUCUUUCACUGGUGUGUUUGUUUGUUUUUCUAGUAAGGGAAUAUUGAAACAACUCGUACGGAUGCUGUCGGCUUAGUUAUAUAGUGUAAUGUCUGAUCUCACAUUUAUGUUGUUUGUAUCAUAAAACACAUAAUGUAUGUGGACAUGAAUGUAGGCUUACCGGCCGAGGGCUCCGAGUGGGGCCCUUGAAUACAAAUAAUAUUAUAGCAUCAAAUAUAAUGAUUAAUAGCAUUUGGAAGUUUGCUAACGAAUAGAGCUUUCUAAUUAAGUGUUGAAAAAAAAAAUUAUUUGUAAAAUACAAUUUGGUUUUGAGUCCAAUUGUAAUAAAAAAUAUUUAGUCUUAAACUUAGUCAAUUUAACUAUUAUUAUAAUGAAGGUUGCUGUAAGUUUAGUUUUAUAAUUUUAUUUUUAGUACAGAGUUAUUUACGCCUAACGUUCUAAGCUUUUAUAUGUAUAACUCGGUUGUUGUUAUUUUAAUUUUUUUUUUUUUUUUUUGGUAGAAUUUACGAUUAUUUAGUGAUAUUGGCAUUAUUUACAUAACAUCCCAACACUGAAUCUGAAGCGAUCUUAAUAUCAUCGUAUAUAUAUUAAUAUAUAUAUAUGUAUAUUUUAAAAACCUGAAAUGUAUUUAAUUAUACAAAAAUUAUCAGAAUGUAUGCAAUUAUACAAAAGUGAUGGAAAUCUUAAUAGUUAGUGUCGGUUCAGUGUUUUAUACAAAAAAAAAAAUAUUUUAAUUUCGUUAUAUUCUCUGGUAGAAUGAUAAACAAUGAGUAUACCAUGUAAUGCACAAAUUUUAUUUUACUCAAAUGUUCCUCGGAUCACAUGAUGCAUGUCACACCCCGCACCAUAGAUGAUAGACGUGUCUAAUGUAACAGUAUUUUAUGACUAUACGAACACGCUGUAGAACAAAUAGUUAUCUGCUUUCUGUGUAAUGUUAAUUUAAAUGGCUAUAUUCUAGUGUAUACUUGGUAUGAAAGGAAAAUUUGUGCGUAAGACUGACCGCAGGGUUUUUUUUUUUUUGUUUUGUAUUUUUUGGUGUUCUGAGCACAUAGCUUUUAAGAUUCAUUUUUCAAGCGCUGCCUUUUAGUUAAGUAUCCGUUGCAUAUUUAUUGCGAACUAUGUACUGAAGUUGAAAAGUAGCCGGAUUUUAAUAUACAUGAAAUUUUUUAUAUCAAUGCAUUAAUGUAAUAUAUUUGCGUGUAUGAGUGCAGCUCCGACUCGAUAUGAUAUUAGACGCAUAUAUUUUUAUCGAUGAUUCUUUGUUUGUUGUGUUUAUUUUUAUCGUCUCUGGAUGGAUGUUUCAACUUCAGCGUGCAUACAAACUGUUAUAAUUUAAAUUAAUUCGUAUUAAUUAGUGAAUGUUCCUGAUAUUGAGGUAGUGAGUUCUAUGUUUUUGAGUGGACAUAAUCUUAGCGGCCCCUAGUAUGAUAGCUCAUGUGCCAAUAUUAAUUAUUUAAUUGGUUUUUAUAUAAUAAACACAUGGGCUUUUAUUAAUUCACUCACUAAUUGUAUCGAUAGUUUUACAUACGAAUGUAAUAUAGAUGUUUCGAAUAUAAAGAGGUUUUCAUGACAACGCUACUAAAGUAGCGUCCCUUGUAAAUCCAUCAUUGACUUGCUUUUAUUAUUAUUUUUAUUUUUUUUUGUCUCACACGCAUCAUAUUUCUAGUCCAAAACUAUUAACAAUUUUGGUGCAAUCAAAGAAAUAUAACGAAUUUGAAUACGAAAUAGCUGUAACAUAGAAAUGAAUGUGCAAUAGUCUGAUAUAACGAAUCUGGAUUGUAACACGUCAGCGGUCUAUAUACUUAGGUUAAAACAGUUACAGUAUAAUUAAAUAUUAAUUUUUUAUAUGAGGAGUUCACUAUUUAAGUUAUGUUUAAUUUUAGUUUCUAAGAUCCAAGGCUGUAUUAAAAGUUUUCCCAAUGACUAUGAAUAAAUUAACUCGCUAUACGAAUUGUAUUUUGACACUGUGGUUUGGUGAAUUUUUUUCGCUCACAUUUUUUUUUUUUAUAGUUCUUGUCUAUGGUCUUUUUUUUCUGUAACAUGUGCACUUUUGUUUUUAACUUAACUCGUGGCGUUCAAUAUGUCCGUUUUACAAUUCUUAUAGUGGGGAAAUAUUUUUUUUUUGUUUAACCUUUAAUUUGAAACUUGUAAAUAUACUCGCUGAUUGUAAUGGAUAACGCCCCACAUCGAUCUAAGUCCGGCUUUAUCCAUUACAUCAGAGUCCUAAGUUGUUAAUGGAUGUGUGUAUGACUAAUUAUAAAAAUAAUCCUUUAUUUUGGUAACAAAUUGGUGUUAUGAAAAAAUUUUGUGAAUAAAAUAUGGUGUCAUUCUGAA